UAUGCCAUAAAGUGUAACCAAGGAAGAGGAGAAGAUAGUUUUUUAGAUACCAGAAGUCAGAAGACUAGGGUUUGGUUUCUUUUUACGCGCAAAAUGUCGAAGUCUUGCAAGGGCUUGGCUCAGGAGCUGGUCAAGUGUCUUAGCGAGUCCGACUGUGUUAAGGUUGAGAACCGAUCAUAUAGGGAAUGUGCCAAGGAGAAGAGCCCGUCGAUAUCAAGCGAGUGUGUGGGACUACGGGAAACAUAUUUCAAUUGCAAGAGAGGCCAGGUUGACAUGAGAGCUCGAAUUCGAGGAAACAAAGGGUACUGACCAGCGGGAGUUUGAGACUUAAGUAUUGUGAACUUUUACUGGCCAACCUUCAUCCCUUGUAUUCACUGGCCAACUUCAGUGAAUAUUCAUAUAGGAAUUUUGAAUGUGUAAUGCUUCGUGAAAACGGUUGCGUAUGCCGGGAAGAGCACCUCAGUCGCCAUUUUUGUAGUCCAUCCACGCUAAUUAAAUUUACAGGCAAGUCUGCUAUAUGUGGUUGUGAUUAUAUUGAUACGAAAUUUUUGCACAAACGAAUCGAUCUUAGCAUGUUAAGGAACAACUGUACCUUUUACCUUCAUUUUAGUAUCCUUUGAGAAAGUUGUACAUUUGGUAUAUUUUGUU